AAUAAAGACACCCAGAGAACACUUCGUACAUAACAUACAACCAGGAUAGGAAACAGGACAAGACCGUCGGCAAUGGCAAACAAAGGACACUUUAUCGAGAGGAAUGGCAACCAGCGGGCCGCCGGAUUGCCCUCCUUUGGUCCCGAAAAGCUAACUCCCAAGGAUUGCCUGAUCAUUGCGAAUCCGGCGGAGAAAAUACUCAGCCUUAUUGAAGGCGAGUGCAGAAGGCAGCGGGCACAGCCCGUUGGAAAACCUCAGCCUCAUUUGCCGGACAGCAAAAUCAGUGAAGUCCUUAAUAGUGAAAGUCAAAAGACACGCUUCACCGUCUUCAAGGAGAAGUUCCUGGAGGACAUGUACGGCAAAUCGGGGAAAACCGCUGAAAUAAUGCCCACGCAUUCGAAACCGAACGAUGUGACUAAUUUGAGCCGCACCUUCGGACGUGCCAAUCCGCCAUCGAAAUCUUUAUAUAGCACCGUAAUGCCGGAUAAAUCGGCCGAACAGGUCAAUCGGGAAUAUGGCGAAUUUCAUCGAGGUCACAUUGUCAGUAACAAUCAUUACUUUCCAUCUGAGCAGGUUAAUCGCAGGUAUACAAAGCCCUUUGUUCGAUCUGGAACUUUUGGAGUUUUGCUAGGGGCCGAGCACAGUGGGUCGACGAUGAAGAAGUGCUUGAUGCAAGGGGAGGAGCACUUAACCGUGGUCUCAAAACCCUGGAUGGACUAUGUUGAACGCACCAAAGGACCGUUGGGGAAGAAAUACAACAAAUACUUAGAUAAAGUGCCUGACUUGAAUUUUGGUGAACGGCGACGUAUGGAUAAAUGUAGCAUUAAAAUGUUGCUGGAGGACAUAAGACCGUGCGAGCAGGAUGAUACUUUGGUGACGGCAUUAUCCUAUUUGAACAGACUGCGGGAGAGUCUCCACAAGCGGAAUGAUUUCUACAUGAUGGAUCUGAUCGCGACGCUGGAAAGGAUCGACAAAGAGCACACGGGUCACAUGCCACUCUCCCAGAUCCUUCAUACCAUGUGCCGGCUGCAUAUCCGUGUGGAUGGAGCGAAAAUCCGCACAAUGUUAUCGCACUUCCGGAAGAUCAUCGACGAAGGAUGUGCCACAGAGCGGGUGAACUACGAUCACUUCUGCCGCUUGCUAUCCGUCCAGCAACCACUGCCGGAUGUCGGAUUAAUUGGCAUCAUUCCGGACAACAUGUACAACAAGGAAACUACCUACGGCAGUCUUUGCAACGAUCGCAUGAAGAAUAUACCUGAGGCUUUGGCUUUUAACUGGCCGAACUGGAGUCCACACCACAGGGACGAGGUCGACACACAUGUCAAGGAUAUCCUAGAACCGGAACUGGCCACCAAAAUGGGCGUCAUGCCCAGCGAUUUCAUUUGCCCACGGAACAAGGAACAAAUGGAGCGGAUAUUCGAAAAAAUAUUAUCCAAGGAUGAAUUUGCAGACAUUUGGCAGCGGUUGAUGGUGGACAAUGGGAAUCAGGAUCAGGAGCAUAUGGCAUCAGUUACCCAGUUUCGUGCCGAGAUGCUCAAAAAAAGAGUUGUCUCCUCUUAAAAUAUUACCCAUUCCUUUAGAUAUCAUUAUCACCUGUUUACGC